AUGGCGAACAAGUUUGGAUUAGGUUCUUUAUCUUUAGAAACUAAAAAACUUAACACUACAGCGUGGAUAAAUAAAGCGAAACCUUACUUUGUGGAUCAAAUCGGAGACACUCUUCAAGGUGAUUUAGAUCUGAACAAUUUCAAAGUAACUAAUUUGAAGUCUCCGGAAAACGAUAAUGACGCUGUUCACAAGAAAUAUUUACGGGAAUUAAUAAAUUCCAUUGAAGUAAAUAAAAACCAUUUAGAAGAUAAAAUAAGUAAUGUGAAAAGAUUCUUCAAACGUCAACUAAAUAAUAAAUUUUUUUUUAAUGAAACUAAACUACAACAAGAAGUAGCAGGUUUAAUAAGUUUUAUUCAAGAACAAUUGGUCGACGAUAAGAUUGCAAAACAAAAAUUAGACAUUCAACAAUUAAUAGAUAACAUUCCAGGUGAAAAUGAAGAUACGUUUCAACAGGAAUUAAAUGCUCUAGAAACUAAUACAGGUAAUACAGGUAUACAGGUAAAAGUUGAUUCAAUAUUCUUCACACAAGGAUCACCAUCAUCUAAUAAAUUUAACGCUCGUAAAGUUCUUCAGUUUAUCAAUGGUAGAGACAAUGUAGAAACUAAAGAAUAUGAAAGUAACGACGAAAACAACAAGGUUGAUCACUUAUAUGAAAUUAAAACGAGUGGAAAAUAUAUAGAUAGGUUUAGAAUGUUAAUCAUACCAGAUAAAAAAAAUGAUAUUUUUACAUUAGAUGAAUUUAAUAUGAUUUUGGAAACGGAAAGUCCACCAUCAACGAGUAUUAUUAGAAAUCCAGAACCACAAAAUAAAAAAAUAAAGAUUUAUGAGUUUUUACGAACGACAGACUUUGAAUAUGUAAAACUAUAUUUUGUUGAUAAAGGAUUAUUUACCUCAAUUGAUAUUCAUAAAAGUCAACAAAAUAUAGUUUUUAUUUUGUUGAUAAAGGUUUAUUUACCUCAAUUGAUAUUCAUAAAAGUCAACAAAAUAUAG